AUGGGACUCCCCGCGCUGCUGGCUAGCGCGCUCUGCACCUUCGUGCUACCGCUGCUGCUCUUCCUGGCAGCGAUCAAACUUUGGGACCUGUACUGCGUGAGCACCCGCGACCGCAGCUGCUCCCUCCCUUUGCCCCCAGGGACUAUGGGUUUCCCUUUCUUUGGGGAAACACUGCAGAUGGUGCUGCAGAGGAGGAAGUUCCUGCAGAUGAAGCGCAGGAAAUACGGCUUCAUCUACAAGACUCAUCUGUUCGGGCGGCCCACGGUGCGGGUGAUGGGCGCGGACAACGUGCGGCGCAUUUUGCUCGGGGAGCAUCGGCUGGUGUCGGUUCACUGGCCGGCGUCGGUGCGCACCAUCCUGGGCUCCGGAUGCCUCUCCAACCUUCACGACUCCUCACACAAGCAGCGCAAAAAGGUAAUUAUGCGGGCUUUCAGCCGCGAGGCGCUACAGUGCUACGUGCCAGUGAUCACCGAAGAAGUUGGCAAUUGCCUUGAACAUUGGCUGAGCUGUGGUGAGCGUGGCCUCCUGGUCUACCCCGAGGUGAAGCGCCUUAUGUUUCGCAUCGCCAUGCGCAUCCUCCUAGGCUGUGAGCCUCGGCUGUCAGGCGGUGGAGACGCAGAGGAGCAACUGGUGGAGGCCUUUGAGGAGAUGACCCGCAACCUCUUCUCGUUGCCCAUCGACGUGCCCUUUAGCGGGCUGUACCGGGGUAUGAAGGCGCGGAACCUCAUCCAUGCGCGCAUCGAGGAAAACAUCCGCUCCAAGAUCUGCCGACUGGGAGCGGUCGAGGCUGGUAGGGGCUGCAAAGACGCGCUGCAGCUGUUGAUUGAACACUCUUGGGAGAGGGGAGAGCGGCUGGACAUGCAGGCACUAAAACAAUCUUCAACCGAACUCCUUUUUGGAGGGCAUGAAACCACUGCCAGUGCCGCCACGUCUCUGAUCACUUACCUGGGACUCUACCCCCAUGUUCUCCAGAAAGUGCGAGAGGAACUUAAGAGUAAGGGUUUACUUUGCAAGAGCAAUCAAGACAACAAGUUGGACAUGGAAAUUUUGGAACAGCUUAAAUACAUUGGGUGUGUGAUUAAGGAGACCCUUCGACUGAAUCCGCCAGUUCCAGGAGGGUUUCGAGUUGCUCUUAAGACUUUUGAAUUGAAUGGAUACCAGAUUCCCAAGGGCUGGAAUGUUAUCUAUAGCAUCUGUGAUACUCACGAUGUGGCAGACAUCUUCACCAACAAGGAGGAAUUUAAUCCUGACCGAUUUAUGCCGCCUCACCCAGAAGACGCAUCCAGGUUCAGCUUCAUUCCAUUUGGAGGAGGCCUUAGGAGCUGUGUAGGCAAAGAAUUUGCAAAAAUUCUUCUCAAAAUAUUUACAGUGGAGCUGGCCAGGCAUUGUGACUGGCGGCUUCUAAAUGGACCUCCUACAAUGAAAACGAGUCCCACCGUGUACCCUGUGGACAAUCUCCCUGCAAGAUUCACCCGUUUCCAGGGUGAAAUCUGAUCCACGUGAAUGCCCAAACCUCAGACUUAUUGGAAGUGUACCUAUGAGUUUUUAUGUAGUGUUGUCUGCUGAGUUUAUUGUAUUUAAUUCCUAAACGUAUAUUAUAAUAUUUAUGUGUCUCUACUAUAGUACUACAGUCUUCGAAUAUUAAAAUAAUGAAUUCAUAUAAUUUCCAAAUAAAGUAAAUUUCUAAGGUGCUUUUCGUGCCUUUAAAAUUCCUUUCAGGGAAAAUGUAUCAGCUUAAUAUUUGUCCUUAGUGUAUUAACCAGGUUUCUAAAUGUCUACAUGGUUUAUUUGUCUUCGGUGCCUAUCUAUUUUCAAAGGUAACUUUAUAAAUUUUUCUGUGAUUUAGAAUCCCGAUUUGGAGAAAAAUCUAUCAAAAAGCUAAUUACAUAUGUAUUUUUGAUUGUUCUCCUUUAGGGAAAGAUGAAUCUGAAAAGGUACCACUCUGAGAACUAUUGUUUUCUAAUAUAAU